AUGUCUGAAUACGGCGAUGAUGGAGAUGUUGGAGGGCCGGAGGAGCCCAUGUACGAGGACGAAGAACCUUUCGACGACGAACUCGACCCCGAAGUCCCCGAAGGCGAAGACGAGGAAUUCAAUCGACGAGGUGCCGAGGAAGAGGAAAACGUCAUCAUCUCUGGCGACGCUUCCACUUCGGCCAAUCGAGGCAAGGCUCCGGCCACCAAGUCGCUCAAGGACAAGAAGAUCCCCAACGAGGAGCGCGCCACCACGCCCUACAUGACCAAUAUGAAUGCGCCCGUCCUCGUUGACCUGGAAGGCGAGUCAGACCCGCUCCAGAUUGCUAUCAAGGAGCUGCGCGAGAAGAAGAUCCCCAUGAUUGUCCGCCGCUAUAUGCCCGACGGCUACUACGAGGAUUGGACAUGUGAGGAGCUGCUCCAGUGA